CUUCAAUUAAAUAAAGAAAGUGAUAGGCUCUUACUGGCAUUAAUGACAGUUUAGCCUCCUUCAGUCAUAUCUGCCCGGUGAUAAAAUAUGAAAAGCAGUGGGUCAUGAUUAUAAAUAUCUUGGUGUUACACCCCUCUGCCUGGCAAGUGACACAUAAGUUGUUUACAAACAUACUUUUGAGAGGGAAGACGUCAAGGGUGCGCAGCUUCAACCGGGAAAAGCUUUAUUGGUCACUGACAGCACACACACACACACACACACAUACACAUGCACUCACCCACACCCACCCUCCUCUCCCCUCCCUGCUUCGCUCGUCCCCGCCCCCCACAGCAGGGCUGGUUUAAAGGCGGCAGUCCUCGGGCUGGAGGGAUGAGUUGAAGACCUGCAGCAGUGUAGCACUCAGGAGGACAGAGUGGGACUUUACUCUGAGGGACAUAUUCAUUUAUAAAACAGACUUUUCAGGACAGGAACUUCUGGAUAAUCUCUAAUCCCAUUACUGGAAUCAUGAAGUCUCCAAAACUGGCGCCUCAAGCAAAGUUCACCAACGAGGAAGACCUGAACGAUGUGCUGUGUGAGUUUGACGCAGUGAUCGAGGACUUCACGUCCCCGGUAGAGAAGCGACACUUCAGGUACGAUGAGCACCUGCAGACCAUGAAGAGGAGGAGCUGCGCCAGCGUCAGCGACAGUGGCAUCAGCGACACAGAGAGUGCAGAGUCGCUCAACAGAAAUAGCUUCAGCUUCAGCGAUGAGAGGCUGAACUCCCCCACCACCACCACACCUCCUCUAAUGUCACCAAAACCCAAACUUGGCGACACUAAAGAACUGGAGGACUUCAUCGCCGACCUUGACAAGACAUUAGAAAGCAUGUGACACGGAGGAUCACAGUCGUCUUGGAGCGUAGCCAUGACAGAGGGAGGGAGUGGAUGUCUGGACCCCCCUUGAGCAGCUAACACGCACCUGCUUCCACACUGAACCCCCCCC